AUGGGCACCCUUGAGCUUCACAGGCCCCGGAGCGAUAGAUAUUGUCUGUCUCUCUGCAGGCUGUCAGGCUGUAGAGUCACAGAAGAAGGCUGUUCUUCCCUGGCUUCAGCUCUGAGGUCAAACUCCUCACACCUGAGAGAGCUGGACCUGAGUGACAAUGACCUGCAGGAUUCAGGAGUGAAGCUGCUCUCUGCUGGACUGGGGGAUUCACACUGUAAACUGGAGAUACUGAGGCUGUCAGGCUGUAGAGUCACAGAAGAAGGCUGUUCUUCCCUGGCUUCAACUCUGAGGUCAAACCCCUCACACCUGAGAGAGCUGGACCUGAGCUACAAUCACCCAGGAGACUCAGGAGUGAAGCUGCUCUCUGCUCUACUGGAGGAUCCCAGCUGUAAACUGGAGAAACUGAAUGUGGAUCACAGUGGAGAGUGCAGGACCAGACCAGGGAUCCAGAAAUACUCCUGCCAGCUGACGCUGGACCCCAAGACAGCAAACAGAGACCUGUCUCUGUCAAAGGGGAACAGGAAGGUGACAGAGGGGGCAAAGCAGCCAUAUCCUGAUCAUCCAGAGAGAUUUGACUACUGGCACCAAGUUCUGUGCAGAGAGAGUCUGACUGGUCGCUGUUACUGGGAGGCUGAGUGGAGUGGAGAUGAAGCCCGGAUAGCAGUGACUUAUAAAGGAAUCAGGAGGAAAGGAGACAGUGCUGACUGUGGGCUUGGAGCCAAUGACAAGUCAUGGAUGCUGCGCUGCUCUCCUCGCCGUUACUCUGUUCGGCAUAAUAAUAAACAGACUGACGUACCCAUAAAGCCCUCAGGCUCCCGCAGAGUAGGAGUGUAUCUGGACUGGGCGGCUGGUACUCUGUCCUUCUACAGAGUCUCCUCUGAUGGACUGACCCUCCUGUACAGCUUCACCUCCUCAUUCACUGAACCCCUCUAUCCAGGGUAUGGGCUUUAUUAUAGCUCCUCCGUGUCCCUGUGCAUGCUGGGAUAGCUCACUGUGUGCUGGAGGAAUCAUUUUUACCUUAUCAGAGUGUCACAUACCGCUGCUUCUCCAUGACAAAAAGGUAAAAUCUCUGCUUUUUAACCAGUAUAACCCUUUUUACUCUGUCUGAAGUGUGACAUAUGUUAGACAAAAAUAAAUGACUGGGUUUGGCAAGCUGGACAAACACAGACAAUUACUUUUUCUCUUUGAUUAAAAUGUAGUGAAAUAUAAUCCUGAUGAGUGUGGUAGGGGGGCCUUUCCCCUCUCCGUAUAUGUAUAUUUUAUAUAUUUUUGUAUGUACAUUGUAUUUGCUACCUGUACACUGACAAUAAAGGUUUCUUAUUCUAUCCUAUUAAUGUCCUGGUUCAGCGCUGCUCAAAGUGUAACUUAUACAUGGAAUAUUAUUUUGCACUGUACAACAUAGAGCAUAAUCAUUAUGAUAUUAUGAAAAAGCAUGCCAAAAACACAUUGUGGGGCGAUGGUGGUGCAGGACGUAGUGCUACCGUUUGGCAACUAGAGGGUUGCAGGUUUGAGCCUCGGCUCCUCUUGAUCCCAUCGAAGUGUUAAGCAAGACACUGAACCCCAAAUUACUCCCGGUGAGCUGGUUGGCGCCUUGCGUGGCAGCCUCCGCCACCGGUGUGUGAAUGUGAGGCAUAGAUCGUAAAGCACUUUGGUACUUGUAAGAGUAGUAAAAAGCACUAUAUAAAUGCAGUCCAUUUACAUUGAGUAUGUAUCUGCACCUAAUGUUACCCUGAAAGUUUCUGUUAGCUAUUUCAUGUUAGCCCUGGUUGUAUCAAUAUCCAUUUAUUAUAGUUAAUUUAUUAGAGUUGCAGCUUAUCACCACAUUGAAAGACAAAUAUAUUAUCAACCCUCUAGUCAGCCAAUCUGCAACAAGUUGAAACUGUCAAGGUUUGCUACAGAAGGGAAGGGAUUCACGAAAAAUUUCACGACUGAGUAUUUUCAACAAACCAAGUAGAGAUGGACGCGGCACAAUUAUGUUCAGACGAGGGACCAAACAGCAAAAGAAAUGAUUGACAAACUUACUAUAUCACCUAGCGAUGUGGACCAAGGGAGAUAACAAUGAUGGUGAAUGGUUGAGGGAAUGAUGAUGCUUAAGUGAUGAGAUAUUGUUAAACAAUAAGGAAAUGUAUAAGAAUUGAUGUAAAACAGUGCAGGACACACUUGCAAGUGUCCAGCCUUGGUUGUAAACUCAUUGUUGCAAUAAAGACUGAAUUU